GUAGAGGGCAGAUGCGCGAGAAGGACGAGGGCGCCGUGGAGUAUUUUGUGACUCUGCAGCGGUUUGGGAAUAUGGCAGACAGUUUGGUACUGAGGGCCAUAAAGGGGAAUGCCAGAUCUUUAAACUUGAACUCUAAGAAAAUACACCAGGUUCCUACGGCCGUCGCGAAGUUAAUGUCCCUUUCGACUUUACAGCUGAAAAACAACUUUAUUGCUACGCUUCCGUGCGAAGUACAAACGCUGAUCAAUCUGACCGAACUCAAUUUAGGCAACAAUGUCUUGGAGGAGGUGCCGUUGGUCUUGACGCAUCUCAGGUCAUUGAGGAAGCUUCACCUGUUUGGGAAUCGCAUUGAAAAAAUACCCUCAGAAGUGUUCGAGGGACUCUCAAAUCUUAAGUUUCUCAAUCUAAACCACAAUAAGGUUCGAGUUAUUCCCGCAGAAGUCCACAGGCUUAUUAACCUUGAAUACCUCAGUCUGAACAGCAAUCAGCUGGAAGACAUACCAUUUGAACUGUGUUUUCUGAAGAAUCUGUCUGAGUUCCAUGUAGCCAGAAACAGGCUCACUCUCUUACCACAAGAGGUCUGCUUUUUAACAAACCUUACCAAGCUCUUCUUGGCAAGAAACCAGCUUAAUGGACUUCCUGAAGGGAUUCACAAGCUCAGAAAGCUUAAAGUAAUAGAUGUGGCAGGGAAUCAAUUGAGGAUGUUUCCUUCCGAUUUCCAGGAGCUACAGUUAGAAGAGCUGUAUUGUGAAGAAAACCCUUUGCUUCAGAAAGAGCUUGUUGAGUCUGAACAAGAAGAGGAGGUCCUAUCUUUAAAGGAAAUCACGGCAAGGUGUAUUUUUAAGGAGCUCAGGAGUAGAUCCUCGGUCGUCCACAAGGCCAUCACACACUAUCCUGCACUCAAGACAGUGCUCUCACAAGGGGGGAAGUGUGCUGUGUGUUCCCAGGGCUUUCUUGGCAUUUGGCUGGAAUGUGUGAAGUUUGUAAAUCUGAAAAAGGAGAUGAAACUUGCAAGCCUCUUACAUACCAUACCAGUGAGAGUGUUGCUGUGCUCAUAUAAAUGCUUCAAUAAAAGUGGACAUGCUUAUUAUGGGGUUGCAGUCCCCUGAAGAAGAAGAAGCAGUACAACUGGACAGGGCCCCUUGGCAGCUGGGCACAGUAUGAGAAGCAUGUGUGGAACUCUACUGAUACAAUAUUAAUUUACUUCUGAUGUUCGAUAACACCCGUGAUUGUUCCCCCUUUUUAAGUAAAUGUAGUAAAUUAAAGAGAUGUGAUAUAAUCAAUAUAAGAAGGUUAAAGCAUAAAUAACAACCUGUGUUAAAUAUAACUAAAAUAUUAAUAUCCUUGUAUUCUUGUUCUGAAGCCAAAGUUAAUUAGAUCGAGGUCACAAACAGACUUUUUAUGAACAAUUAUAGAUACUUUAUAUCUAUAAAUAUGUAAUUGUGAUACAUCAGAAUAUUAUAUUGCAGUAAUUGAAUCUAAUUGUAUAUUGCAAACAACAAAGAAAGCCCUAUGCCGAGGUUCCUACUGUAGCUUUAUCCCUAACCAUUUAUUCUAGCCUUAACCUUGAUCCUUUGUGUAUGUCUAACUAUAGCUAGCCUUAAUAUUUAACCCUAAUCCUUAUUUUAAUCUUUUAUCUUUCUAUGAAGUGACUCAUGAUUCAGGCUCAUUCACUGAUUCAUCUUCAGUUAUUGUACCAGUGCAUGAGACACUUGCACAUUCACACAUUAGAAAUUCCCUUGAACCAAUUCUGUUGCCCUUACCCUCAUGGAAUACAUAAAAGUUUCUUCAGAUUGUA